GUCGAUCUUCAGAGCGUGGUCGGAGUCUCAGCGUGUUGGACGAUCCCAGCUGAUUAUUUAGAGGUCUGUCUGCCUCCAGCAGCUGCCGUGUUUGUCCUGUCAGCCGCUCCUGCUCCUCUCACUCACUCCCUCACUGCUCCUGCCGCAGAUUUCCAUCAGAAUGGAGAGUUGUUCCCAGUCUACCAAUGGUGACACCAAGGCUGAAGUGACCCAUGACCUCACCGAGGAUCUGAGUCAGCAGCUGGAGGAUAUCAUCAGCACAUAUCAGGUCACCGAACAGCCAGGUGAGGCCGAGGAUGUUGAGGAAGAGGCCGUUCCAGACAAGACCAGAGACCAGAAAAUGGAGAAGAAGAUGCUGAAAGGCCUCGGGAAGGAAGCCGUGCUGCUCAUGCAGAGCCUGAAUAAACUCGGAAGCACUGAGCAGAAACUGGAGGCUCUCAUUAAAAAACACGCUGAACUGCUAGAGGAACACCGCUCGGACCAGAAACAGCUGAAGGUCCUGCAGAAGAAACUUCUCCAGGUGCUGAAGGAGAAGGAUCAGCUUCAGAGCGAACACAGCCGAGCCGUUCUGGCCCGAAGCAAACUGGAAGGCCUGUGCAGAGAGCUGCAAAGACACAACAAGACACUAAAGGAGGAAACUCUGCAGCGGUGCCGCGAAGAUGACCUGAAGCGGAAGGAAAUCACCACACAUUUCCAGAGCACCCUGACGGACAUCCAGGCCCAGAUCGAGGAGCACAGCAGCCGAAACAACAAACUGUGCCAGGAGAACAGCGACCUGGCUGAGAAACUCAAGGACCUCAUAUCUAAAUAUGACCAGCGAGAGGCGAAUCUUGAAAAAGUGUUCAAGCACAGAGACCUGCAGCAGAAACUGCUGGAGACAAAACUCUCACAGGCCAACAUGAUGCUCAGAGAAGCUCAGGAGAAACACAAGCUGGAGAAGGAACACUUACUGAAGCAGGCCGCAGAGGCCAAAAUACAGGUGAAGCUUCUGAAAGGACAAGAGACUGACAUGAAGGCUCAGCUUGCGGUGUAUUCUGAGAAGUUUGAUGAAUUCCAAGGAACAGUGUCUAAGAGUCACAAUGUGUAUGCCAGCUUCAAACAGGACAUGGACAAGAUGGCAAAGAAGAUGAAGAAGCUGGAGAAGGAGGCAGUGGCCUGGAAAUCCCGUUUUGAUGGCUGCAAUAAAUCUCUCAUUGAUAUGGUUACAGAUAAAGCGCUGAAGGAGAAGGAGUUUGAACUCAUCACCCUGAAGACACAGAAACUGGAGAACCUAUGUAGAGCACUUCAGGACGAGAGGAAGACCCUGUAUCAGAAGCUUCACGGGUCCCAACAGCCGGUUGCCGAAGACCCGGCAGCUACCGAGCCAAUCACCAACGAGGAAACUACGGAGGAAGCGGCGGUAACUAAAGAGGAAGUGAAAGUCUCAACAGAGGAUGCAGACAAGCCUCCUGCGCAAGAAGAGACGCUGCUGACCAAAGAGCUCGCCAGCCUGAAGUUGGAGAAAGCUCGGCUACAGGAACUCUCCACGGCGUUCACCAUCCAGCGCCACCUGCCGCCAGAGGCCUACGAGGACACCGAGAGCACAGGCGACGCUCGGGACGAACAACAGCUCACCUUCACAGAGGAGACCGUCACAGACACGCUGUCUGAAGAACAGCAAGACCUCAGAGACAAAGACAUGCAAUCGGUCGAUUAGACAGACUAAUCUCAGUGUCAGUUUGUCACGUUCACAAAUAAACUUUAUACAGUUCA